AGUUGAUUUAUUUCAAUCUGAAAGCUAAGGGUUUAUAAAGGUUCAUACUAGCACUGAUCCUCCAGAGUAAUAUUUCCAUCUAAAACGCUGUGUGAGUCAAGGAAAUAAGCAAUUGAAGACACCUAACCAUCGUAGUAUGGCAGGAAUGCUCUGUCAGGGAGGAGAUUGAACCUCAAGUUGGAGGGGCCACCAACACCGUCCAAGAAACUCUCAAACCCUCAGACAUCUCAUGCUCUCUUGAUUUCAACAACUUAAACGCUUCCGUCAUGAGUCGCUCAAGGGGUACCAGCCUGAGGAGGCAGUUUUACCAGAUGGGGCAGGUUAGAGGGGAUAUCAUCAGCUUCGGCUCCCUGGAGGACUUCUUCAGAGAGAGGGGGAAUACCAUGAACCAUGCUGGCUGGUCGCUACAUCACCUGCAGCAGAAGUUCCAUGCCAUGGGCAUUGAGGAUUUAUAUGACAAAUACUGUGCCCAGAUGAGACAGUCGUUGGUUUGUGUCAUGUGCGUCUUAGGCAUUCUCUAUGGAAUCUCGCUCAUUGUGCUGUUUUUCCUCUACGAACAGGAAGCAGGAGAGGGUUGGCAUCGUGCAAUCACUCUAUUCUCCACAACCUUUGUAUUCAUCUGCCUGGCAAUAUGCUCCUACACAGACAUCAUCUUCCUGAAGUUCUCUCGGGUCAUCUCCGGGGUCAUCUGGGUCAACCUACUGCUGUUUAUCUAUCUCCUGGUGUCGUUCCAUGAAAUCUAUCAACCAACAAACGAGGUUGGGCUGGUGAUAUUAGUGGUGGUGGCCGUAUACACCACGUUGCCGUUACCGCGCCUCUACGCCGUCCUUGCAGGGAUUCUAACCUGUCUUCCGCAUAUCGUCGUUUUGUCUGUCGUUUCAAUGGCCCAGCAGAGUGAUACUAUAUAUCAGGUCCUAGCCAAUGUAGUUUUGUUUAUUGGUGUGAAUGUCGUCGGGGUGUAUCACAUGCAGUUACUAGACAUCUCACAGAGGAGGACAUUCCUCGAUACAAGAAGCUGUAUUGAAUCAAGAGUGAAGCUAGAACACCAACAAGCUCAACAGGAACGACUUCUUCUGUCUGUCCUUCCUGCUCAUCUUGCAGCUGAGAUGAAGACAGAAAUGAUGGAGAGAGUACGAGAUCCGACCCAGGCACGGGUUCCGGCCCCAGGGGUGCAGAAAAACAGCACCACUCACUUUCACAAUCUGUACGUCAAGAGACAUAAAAACGUUAGCAUCCUGUAUGCAGACAUCGUAGGCUUCACUGCUUUGGCCAGCGAGUGCUCACCUGCUGAAUUAGUCAAGACACUCAAUGAACUCUUCGGAAGAUUUGAUGGAUUAGCGGAGCAAUUUGACUGCAUGAGAAUCAAGAUCCUUGGUGACUGCUACUACUGUGUUUCUGGUUUGCCCAUCUCAAGACCAACCCAUGCCUGCAACUGUGUGGAGAUGGGACUGUGCAUGUGUGAAGCUAUCAAAACUGUGCGCAGAGCUACUGGGGUUAAUGUGAACAUGAGAGUAGGCGUCCACACCGGCAAUGUACUGUGUGGGGUGCUUGGACUGAAGAAAUGGCAAUACGAUGUAUGGUCACAUGAUGUCAAUCUAGCCAAUCACAUGGAGAGUUGUGGAGAGCCUGGGAGAGUUCACAUUACGCAACAAACCCUUGAUAACCUGAAUGGUAAAUAUGAGGUAGAACCAGCACAUGGACAACAACGCAGCGACUAUCUGAGUGAACAGAAUAUAGAAACCUUCUUCAUCGUGGAUCCACAUAAGAACAGAUCAAACGUACUCCUGGAUUCAGAGAAUAAUGUCCAGGAAACAAGAGGGCGCUCUACCAAGAAGAUAGCGCACUACUUAGAGAGCUGGGGUGCUGACAAGCCCUUUGCAAACAAAGACGCAGAGCCUUUGAUAAAGUCAGUGGGUGUGACUGGUAUAUAUGCGGUCAACUGCUGCCUGUUCCCCUUUUCUGUCUUGGAUCAUAACACAAAAAUGCAAAAGCAAUCAGCCGUCUUUGAUCGACGUGUGAAGGAGAGAAUGUUGCAAGCUAUUGAAGCUAUCAAUGCAGAGAAGCCUUGGUCAAGAUCAGAUGACUUCCACAGGGGAACGAUGUUUUUUCGCAAGGCCAGUUUUGAGAAGAAGUUUGCGUGUAUGCGUGACCCGUCUUUCAAGUACCACAUGGCGUGUGUGUUCCUGACAUUUGUCUUCAUUUUAUUAUCUCAACUCUUAACACAACCUCGCACUAUCUUGAUGCUGGCGGCAUUCAGUGUAGCGUGUAUGGUGCUCGUAUUUGUGCUAUUUAUUGGAAUGGCUGAACAGCUCAGGUGUUUAAGGAAGCUUGCCUUUGGCUGGUUGGCCAAGCUGGUUACCAGGAGGAGUUGGAUGAGAAUGAUCUUGACAUUUCUUGCGAUGGCCGUCCUCUAUACAGUAUCAAUCAUCAGUGUGUCAGUUUGUGAUCCAGAGCCUGGGAAUCUUGUAGUUCCUUCAAAAUACGAUUCGUCCAACUUCAACUUACUUAAUAACAACAGAAGCAUUAACUCAACAGACAACCUAAACUUGUGCAAAGCACCCGCAUACCUAGCCAGGAGUUGUCUACUAGCUCUUCUUGGCUGUGUCAUGUUCCUUCAGCUAGGCUACUGUAUAAAGCUUCUCCUAAUGCUGGUUGGCUUUGGUUCAUACAUCUUGGUUUUCAACUCAACUCAUGCGGCAGUCUUUGACAACUGGGACCAUGCUGUGUACACAGCGUAUGGUCUGAAUGGUUUUGUUCCGCUUCGUAUUAUGGCGACAGUUGAAUUACUCCUCAUGGUCUUUACACUAUUCUUGGUAGCGAGACAGAAUGAGUAUUUGUCCCGGCAAGGUUUCUUGUGGCAAAUGAAGUUUAAAGUCGAGAGGGAGGAAGUAGAAACGAUGGAAUCACUGAAUAAAGUCCUACUGGAGAACAUGCUACCAGCUCAUGUCGCUGAACACUUCAUGAAGCAAAGAAUGAAGUCGGAUGAGUUGUACCACCAGUUCUACAAUGUGGUAGCCGUCAUGUUUGCCUCCAUACCAAACUUUAAGGAGUUCUAUACAGAGAGUGAUGUGAACAAUGAAGGUUUAGAAUGCUUGAGGCUACUCAACGAGAUCAUUGCAGACUUCGAUGAGCUACUUUCCAAGCCCAAAUACUGCUGCAUUGAAAAAAUCAAAACCAUCGGCAGCACCUACAUGGCAGCAGCAGGUCUACAACAACACGAGAGCAGCGGAACAUCUAAGCAAUCUCUGUACUAUGUUGGUGUACUGACUGAGUUUGCUAUGGCGCUACAGGACAAGCUGGAAUACCUGAAUGGCCAGGCAUUCAACGACUUCAAACUUAGGAUAGGGAUCAACCAUGGGUCAGUUGUUGCAGGGGUCAUUGGUGCCCAGAAACCUCAAUAUGACAUAUGGGGAAACACAGUCAACGUGGCCAGUAGGAUGGAUACCACUGGAGUGAUUGGGGAGAUACAGGUGACUGAAGCCACAGCCACAGUGCUUAUGGACUUUGGCUAUUUCUGUGAGAGCAGAGGCUUUGUGACCGUCAAGGGGAAGGGCAAACUGAAGACAUACCUCGUCAAACGAGUAACACGCUCAAUUUCCCAGUCAACAAAUCUCAGCUCUGCCUACUCAUGACCAAAAUGAACAACUCCGACGCUUUUAGAGAGUCUACUGUUUAGUAAUUAAAUUCUGGUUUUAGAUGUUCACAAUUAUAUAAAUACAGGAGUUUAUUGAAGUGAAAUUAUAUGAAUCAUAACUCCUGAAAGAAGUUAUUCUUAAACUGUUGUUGGAUAAGAAUGAAUGAAUGUCCACAGUAAGUUAAGUCAAUGGGGGAUGUUUAAAACCCACUGUUCCUGGUUGAGUGUGCAUGCUUAGAACAACUGUAUCAAUAAUGGGAAUUUACCUGGUAAGUCUACUGCUACCUGGCCUUCCAAAGUCUCCCAUUGAUUUUGGCUUGUCGGAGAAUGAUGCUACACAUCAUUUCAGUUGCAUGCGCACUAGUGGAGGUGUGCUCACACUAAGGGUUUGUUCAGACUAAGUACUAAGUUAGACCCGAACCGAUUUAACUUUCAAGGUGGUAGUAAAAAAGUUGUUCCCCUUGCGUUCAGACAGCACUGAGAAACCUGAUACGGUUUAUCUUUGGUUUUAAGAGGUCAAUGCAAACGUGACCCCAUUACUCUAACUCCCGGCUUAUUGUCCUGUUCAUUGGUCACCGUGUGUUUACGAAAUGAUUACGGAGGUCAAUGAGUCGUCUGUUGUGAAUAGACCGAUCCAUUAAGCUCCGCCCCAUUGCGUAUUGACCAAUAACAUUGUAACGGAGGUCUGACAAAUACGUGGGCGUAUCUUGGCGCGCACGGCAGAGUUGUACAGAAAGGCAUCGGAGAGCCCCACGUGUUCUUGCUCACACGUGCGUCGUGGGCGGAGCCUACUGGAUCGGUCUA